GUCAUGGGACCAGCUGAGCCCGUCCUGGCCAUGGUAGGAGAAAAUACCACACUGCACUGCCACCUAUCACCAGAGAGGAAUGCAGAGGGCAUGGAGGUGCGGUGGUUUCGGUGGCAUUUCUCCCCCGCGGUGCUUGUGUACAAAGACCACCAGGAGAGAGACGAGGAGCAGAUGGCAGCAUAUCAAGGAAGAACUACCUUCGUGAGCACAGACAUCAGCAAGGGAAGAGUGGCGCUCGUUAUCCACAAUGUCACAGCCUAUGACAAUGGCAUCUACUGCUGCUACUUCCAGGAAGGCAGGUCCUACGAUCAGGCCUUCAUGAGGCUCAUGGUGGCAAGCCUGGGCUCUAAGCCCCUCAUUAAAAUGAAGACCCUUGAGGAUGGGAGCAUCUUGCUGGAAUGCACAUCUGAAGGGUGGUACCCAGAGCCCAGAGCUGUGUGGAGAGACCCCUAUUAUGAAGCUGUGCCUGCCCUGGAGGAAGAUUGUACAGCUGACAGAGGAGGUCUCUUCACAGUCACUAUGACUGUGAUCAUUAGGGACUGCUCUGUGAGGAACAUGACCUGCUCCAUCAACAACAGUCUGCUCAACCAGGAGGUGGAGAGUGUGAUUUUUAUUCCAGAGUUCUUCGUGCCCAGCCUUCCUCUCUGGAUGGUGGCCAUAGCUGUCACUCUGCCUGUACUAAUGCUGAUCCUCCUUACAUCUGGAAGUAUCUGCCUCGUCAAGAACCUCCACAGGAAAAAGUCGAUUCUGUCAGCUGAAAAAGAAGUUGAAUAUGAAGAAAAAGAAACCACACGGCAACUUCAAGAAGAACUGCGAUGGAGAAGAACCCUCUUACAUGCUGCUGAUGUAGUUCUGGACCCAGAUACAGCUCAUCCUGAACUCUUCCUGUCAGACGACCAGAGAAGUGUAAGACGAGGUGCUUCGAGGCAGAGCGUGCCUGACAACCCUGAGAGGUUUGACUGCCGGCCAUGUGUCCUGGGCCGGGAGAGCUUCUCCUCAGGAAAGCAUUACUGGGAGGUGGAGGUGGAAAAUGUGAUGGUGUGGGCCAUUGGCGUCUGUAGAGACAGUGUUGAAAGGAAAGGGGAAGCCCUGUUGGUUCCUCAGAAUGGCUUCUGGACCCUGGAGAUGUUUGGAAGCCAGUACAGAGCCCUGUCCUCCCCAGAGACGAUCAUACCUCUGAAAGAGCAUCUGCACCGAGUAGCCAUCUUCCUGGACUGUGAAGCUGGAGAUGUUUCUUUCUACAACAUGAGAGACAGGUCACACAUCUACACAUGUCCCCCUGUGGCCUUUGCUGGACCCCUGAGACCCUUCUUUAGGCUUGGCUCUGAUGAUAGUCCCCUCUUCAUCUGCCCAGCAUUCACAGGGGCACAGGGAGUAACAAUACCUGAGGGUGGGCUGAUCCUAUAUAGGACAAGACCAGUUUCUCAGAGCCAUGUAAAGGAGCCAUAGCU